UAGAAUUAUUGAAAGAUGGCUUUAGCAGCAUUCUUUUGGGGCUCCAGUAAUGGGGAGAAAUACAAUACCUUUAGACAAGCUAGACUUCCCUUGUUGGUUAGUCAAGGUCUCAGGGUAUUAUUGAUCAUGGCUUCGACGUUUUUGUUGAUAACGACGUGGAUUUAUGGGAAGAAGUAUACACUGUUGUUCCUCACAAAUUGGGGUAUUCAUUUCAACUUCUUUGCGAUUACAGUUAACUUUAUAACUACUCUAUUGGUCAAAGAGAAGGAGGAAAGUAAUGCUAAGAUAUACCUAUGGAGAUUUGCCCUUGUGCUCUUUGAGAUUGCACUCUCUAUUGAAAUUAUACUUUGAAUCCUAUUUUGGUCCUUUCUAUGGGAAGGUCCUGAUGAAUAUCAUUUUCACCAAGUUUUUGACAUAUUAGCCCACUCAGCACCAGCAGUAUUCCUCGUAGCCGAUUUCUUCCUUCAGAAAUGGUUGUUUAGAUUUCAGCACAUAAUCUUUAUAAUUAUUGUAGCAUUGGUAUACUUGUUAAUAAACUUAAUCUAUGUGAAGUCUACAGGAUUUCAUAUUUAUCCAAUCCUCAAGUGGAAUGACUAUUUUUCAUAUCUUAUUAUCCUUAUCUCAUUUGUAAUGGCAUUGAUCAUUCAUGGAGGAUUUGUGUUCAUCUCUAUAAUUACUACGAGAAAGAAAGAGGAAAGCUCUGAUGAUUACUCUAGACUCGACAGUUGAUAAUCCUAAUAACUAAAAUUCACAUUCAAUAAC